UGCAACUUCAUCGCAUAUUUAUACGUAAUUUAAUUGUGUUAGUAAAUAGCAACCGGAAAAUCUAAGUCACGCCUUUUCUCGUUGUAAAAAGACAAAUUACUAAACCGUUACAGUUAUCCUCAAUUUUCAUUUUUCUGGGGAUUCUUCAUUUUUCCGAGCUUUUUUUCUUCAACAGCUUUAUACUUUAAGAAACUUGUUGCUUGCUAUUUGUUUUUCCCACUUCACACACGCAUACGCAUAGUUGCCUCUUCAGUUUCCUUGCCGUAUAGCUUUGAUUGGUUUCUGUGACUAAAUCUGCAAAUUUCUUCUUCUUCUUCUUCUUCUUCUUCUUCUUCUUCUUCUACUUCUUCUUCUUCUUCUUCUUCAAGAUAAAGAGGAUUUGGGCUCGCUUGUUUCUUCUUCAUACUCAAAAUCUAUUCUAGUUUCCAUCCAAUUUCACUUCAUUUGCUGCAAACAUAUAGUAGGUAACAACUUAUACUUUUUUAUGGUAAAUAAAUGGCAUCAUUGAUGGAGAUUCUAGUGUUUCAUGUGUGGGAAUCCGAUGGGUGAUGAUGAUGAUGCUUUGUCUGAGAUUUGUGCUCUAAAAGAUGCACUAUGUGCUCAGCAGGAGCUUCUGCAGAAGCUCUACAGUGAUUUGGAUGCAGAGAGGGAGGCCUCUGCCUCUGCCGCCAGCGAGGCCUUGGCCGUGAUCCUCCGGCUUCAGGGUGAGAAGGCCGCGGUGCAGAUGGAGGCCGACCAUUACAAGAGGCUCUCGGAGGAGAAGAUAUGCCAUGCCGAGGAAUCUCUAGCUAUGAUUGAAGAUACAGUUUAUCAGAAGGAAAUGGAGGUGGCUGCAUUGGACUAUCAACUGCAAGCUUAUAGGUCUAAGUUGUUGAGCGUUGGUUGUGAUGAACAUGGCUUUGGUGGGGAGAUGAACCGCAUUGGGAGAAGGCAUUCCGUGCCCAUUUCGUGUAGGGGGGAGAGGGAUUUGGUUUGUGGUGAUGUGGAGGGGAAGGUGGUUGAGGAAAUGUGUUUGGAUUCGGGGAAAAAGAUUGAUGGCUAUUGGGAGAAGAUUAGGAGGUUGGAUGAGAGGGUGAAGGAGAUUGCAGGAGGAAGUUCUUCUUCUAGGAGUGAGACACGGUCUCCCUCUUCAUCGUUGUCUUCACGUCUGAGUAGAGGGAGUUUGUGUGAUCCAACGAGGGACACUGGCAGUUCGUGUCAGCCAAACAGGAUGAUGGAUGGAAUUGGUGAGACUAAGAGUUCAGAUGGUGUAGCUGCUGAUGGUUCUUGUUCGACGAGCAUUCAUGACGUGUUUGAAGUUCCACAAGCGGAUGAGAGGUGUGAAUCAAUGGAGAAAGAUGAAAUCAAGAAUCUUGAAAAGGAAGAUGUUUUUCCAGAGGCUGCGAAGAUGGCUAGAGAUGAGCCCGAGUGGUUCAAGAAUGUGUUGCAGUCGAGCCAAGUGAGUGAUGUUGAGUGCGGUUUGGUAGUUGCGCCUGCUGCAACGAGCAUUGCUCAGUUUCAUAUGACGAUGAGUCAAGUUGGUGGGAGAUCAGAGAUUGUGGAAAAUGACAGACCAUUAACAUGUAGAAGCAGAGAAGAAGAACUGAAAUUGUUGCAUGAGCUUAAAGAGAAAGUGAAUUUGUUGCAUGAUGAAAUCAGGAGUUUGAAGGGGAAGAAACCAUCCCCUGUUAGAAAAGAAGAAAAAGAAGAGACGUCCUUGGCUAUGGCUCUUCUCGCAGAGGCAAUGCUUUCCUUUUGGCUGUGAGCUGUGAUGGAAGUUAUAGAGAUCAACCUGCUGAUUUAACCGACCCUUGCGUAUUGUAUGUGCUCUCUCUGCCCUCUCUCAUCAACGCCUCAUUGUGUAAGAUCUUUGUCAAUAAUUACUGUAUGUAUUUUUAUUUUUUUCCUGUAAUUGAUCAAGAGUUGGCUUUGGAUUUUUUUGGUUUGUGUUUUGGGUUUUGGUUGCAGCUGCAUACUUCUUUUGUACAGAAUGAAUACUGCCAUGUUACAUAUAAAUGAUAUAAUCAAGAAUGUCUUGUA